UUGGUACUCGUCGUUAUAUGUCCCCAGAAGUAUUGGAAGGAGCUACAGAAUUUACAAGUUUUGCUUUCCAACAAAUUGAUGUUUAUGCCGCUGCUUUAGUAAUCUGGGAAGUAUUAUCAAGGACUUGUAUUAAUGAAGAAAAUAAGGAAGAAAAUGUUGAAAAUAAAGUAACCGAGAAUUGUGAAAAUAUUCGUUUAACUUCAACACCUCCACCAUUUAUGCUCCCUUACGAAGCUGAAAUUGGUACAAACCCUUCUCUCAGCCAAAUAAGGGAACAUGUAGCUUUACGUAAAUGUCGACCACGUGUUAGACCUGCAUUAAUGGACAAUGAAAUUUCGACUUGUAUUGUAAGGACAAUGUCGGAGAUGUGGGACCAUGAACCGGAUUGCCGAAUCACAUCUUCAUGCGCCAGAGACAGGAGUUUAAUUUGGUUAACAAAUAUAAGAACACUAAUACCAAAUUAA